GCCAGGUCAGCCCAGCGACUAACUGAAGCGCGGUGGUCGUUAGACUGUUGGAGGGCAGCACACGACAACCUAACUGUCCGCAGGCCCUCGGCGUCUAGCGCCCGCCGGCGGCUCCUCUCGUCAUGUCAGGCACUGCUUGACUUUAGUUCUUCAGGCCUCCGCCCACCCGCCUACCCGAAGCCGCGCCCACCGCCCAGAGCCAGAGGGAUGGUGGUAGUCAACGGGCGGGAGCCAGACAGCCGUCACUCGGACGGUGCCAUGUCCAGCUCCGAAGCCGAAGACGACUUCCUGGAGCCGGCUACUCCUACGGCCACGCAAGCGGGGCACGGGCUGCCCCUGCUGCCCCAGGAGUUUCCUGAGGUCGUCCCCCUGAACAUUGGAGGGGCUCACUUUACCACUCGCCUGUCUACUCUGCGGCGCUAUGAAGACACCAUGCUGGCAGCCAUGUUCAGCGGGCGGCAUUACAUCCCUACAGACUCGGAGGGUCGGUACUUCAUCGACCGAGACGGCACACACUUUGGAGAUGUGCUGAACUUCCUGCGAUCAGGGGACCUGCCACCCCGGGAGCAUGUGCGAGCUGUGCACAAAGAGGCCCAGUACUACGCCAUUGGGCCCCUCCUGGAGCAGCUGGAGAACAUGCAGCCACUGAAGGGCGAGAAGGUGCGCCAGGCCUUCCUGGGGCUCAUGCCCUAUUACAAAGACCAUUUGGAGCGGAUCGUGGAGAUUGCCCGGCUUCGCGCAGUACAGCGGAAGGCCCGCUUUGCCAAGCUCAAAGUCUGCGUCUUCAAGGAAGAGAUGCCCAUCACGCCCUAUGAGUGUCCACUCCUUAACUCCCUCCGCUUUGAGCGGAGUGAGAGUGACGGACAGCUCUUUGAGCACCACUGUGAAGUGGACGUGUCUUUUGGGCCCUGGGAGGCGGUGGCUGACGUGUACGACCUCUUGCACUGCCUGGUCACGGACCUCUCAGCCCAGGGCCUCACGGUGGACCACCAGUGUAUCGGGGUGUGUGACAAGCACCUGGUCAACCACUACUACUGCAAACGCCCCAUCUAUGAGUUCAAAAUCACAUGGUGGUGAGUUGUCCUGGGAAACAAGAGUCCCACGAAGGAGGAUGUCCAUCCUCUUGGGUGACUCUGGGAGUCUGAUCCCCACAGGGGCUGCUGACUGUCCCAGAAGCUGCUGAGGUGAGGACAGAGCGCUGAGGCGCAGAUGCGGAAAGAGGCCUGGGCGCUGCUGUAGUCUCCUUGGUUCGUGUACCUUGGGGACUUGGUCUGCUCUCACCUGGUCUUCUCAAGGCCUGGCCGUCUUCACUGGAAGCCACAAGAUGUAGCAAGAUUGGCACUGGGAGUCCAGAGAGCUUUUGAUAACCUUUUUUUUUGAUGCACUGCAGGAGAGCUCGUACCCGCCCCUGACAGAGGGAGAUAUCACUGCCUCGAACCUUCCUGUGCUCAGUGUGUCAGGCGGGAUAAGGAGUGAGGUGGGGGAUUUCCCCGAGCAUCUGCCCUUAUAACCCUGGCCAAAGAAGAAAGCAUACUUCUCCUCCCAGUG